AUGGCAAUCGACUCAUCCAACCAUGCCCCCUCCUCAGACACCCCCCGCACCACACAAGUCCAAUCCCUCAUGCACAGCCUGCUCGCCAAAUCCCCCAUCUACAACCUCAUCCUCUCCGACAUACAACUCACGCACGUCCACCCCGGCAGCGUCACCCUGCACCUCCGCCUAUCCGCAACACACCUCAACAGCAAGGGCGGUCUUCACGGUGCCGUUAGCGCCACGAUCGUCGACUUUGUGACCGGGCUAGCGAUUUGCGCGCACGACCUGCGCGAAAAGACGGGUGCGUCGGUCGACAUGCAUCUGAGCUUCUUGUCGACGGCCAAGGCUGGCGAUACGGUUGUCAUUCACAGCACGGCGGAGAGAGUGGGCGGGAGCUUGGCGUUUGUUAGUAUUAAGAUCAAUAAGUUGGGGGAGGAUGGGACAGAAGUGCCGGUGACGUUGGCGCGGCAUACGAAGUAUGUGAGGUCGGCGGCUCCCAGGGAAUAA